UGUGCUGAACGGCGCGCAGUAACACACUCAACAAGAUGUCUGACACGGCACAGCUGCUGCUGGAGCUGAAACACAGAGCUGGCUGCUGUAUAGAUGAAGCCAAAGCAAAGCUCCACAGACUCAGUCAGGACAUAUGGAGCUGUCCGGAGCUGGCUUACGAGGAGAACAAGUCUCACGACAGGCUGGUAGCGUUUUUCAGUCAGGAGGAGGGCUGGACGGUCGACGGUCACUUCAAGAUGGACACUGCGUUUCGCGCCACUUGGGGAAGUGCAGGUGCGGGGAGCGAGCGGGUCACCGUGGGCUUCCUGUGCGAGUACGACGCCCUGCCCGGGAUUGGACACGCGUGUGGACACAACCUGAUAGCUGAGGCUGGAGCUGCCGCCGCUCUGGGGCUCAGAGCUGCGCUGGAGGACACGCUGAACCUCCCUGUCAGCGUGCAGGUGACGGUCCUGGGGACUCCGGCUGAGGAGGAUGGUGGAGGUAAAAUAGACUUGUUGAGGGAGGGAGCCUUUGAUGAUAUGGAUGUGGUGUUCAUGGCCCACCCCCUGCAGGACGACGCUCCUUAUCUCCCACUCGUGGCUGAACAUGAUGUAACUAUAAAGUAUCAUGGUAAGGCAUCUCAUGCCUCUGCCUACCCCUGGGAGGGAGUCAAUGCGCUGGAUGCAGCUGUGCUGUGCUACAACAGCCUGUCUGUGCUCAGGCAGCAGAUGAAGCCAGACUGGAGAGUUCAUGGUAUCAUAAAGCACGGCGGAGUGAGGCCGAACAUCAUCCCCGCCUACGCUGAGCUGGAGUACUAUCUGAGAACCCCCUCGCGUGCUGAGCUACUUGUCCUGAAGGAAAAGGCUGAGAUGUGUUUCAGAGCAGCUGCUGUGGCAACUGGCUGUGAGGUUGAAGUGGAGUAUGCAAGAAAUGCUUUUGACAACAUAUUGCGAAAUACAACAUUGGAAAAUUUGUAUGAGAACAAUGGAAAGGCUCUGGGGAUGGAAUUCACCACAGAUGAAGAAGUCCUGAACAAUGCUUCUGGCUCCACAGACUUUGGCAAUGUGUCGUUUAUAGUUCCUGGGAUCCAUCCAUACUUCUACAUUGGUUCUAAGGCCCUGAACCACACAGAGGAAUACACUGUAGCUUCUGGUGAUGACAGAGCUCAGUUCUUCACCCUGAGGACGGCGAAGGCCCUGGCUAUGACGGCCCUGGAUGUGCUGUUGCGUCCAGAGCUGCUGCAGAGGGUGAAGCUGGAGUUCACUGAGGCCAAACUGAAGGAGGACAUGACGCUGACAGGAAAGCACGCAGAGCAGACUGCUGAACACUGUUGAUGCAGGUGGAGAAGCUGCUGCCGUCACAGCUGAGCUCCCUGCUCAUGGGCGGCGCAGCAGACUCAGGAAAACCUGUUGUCGAAUGCUGCAUCCAGGGGUGAAGAAUACUCUGCUGCAUUUGAACCUUUUUCCUCACUGUGUUGCAGUUGAUCAGAGAGUAUAGUGGUGAUUUGACCUCAAACGAAACAACUGAAAUCAAAAUCAAACAACCACUGCCGCACCAAGGGAACGAAUCUUAUGCAGGUUAAAUGAGUCCACUGUCCAGGCAGGCAUCAUGUUUAGUGUCGUUUAUUUUACCAUUCAGCCAGCAAACAAAACCAAUGAUGUCUGCGUCCUCUCUUGCCCUGAUAAAAAACCAUAAACCCUUCCAGGUCUCUGCUGAGCCUAUGCCUGCCCACCCAUAUACGUACAUUCACCUGACCUGCCCAAGUAGCCCAGCACCUUCAAAACAAAAGCAUUAACAAGUACUCAAAUUUACCAGAAUAAUGAUACUGAUGUUCUAAUCAAACUAACUGAACUAUAUCCUUUAAAUGAAACAGCAACAAAAUAAAUAAUAGACAUUUAAUCAUUAAAUAUUACAAAACAAUAAACAGCUCCAACAAAGAGAGAGGAAGAUAAAUGUUUACCACGGGGCAGUUGUUUCCUUUGCUUGAUUGUGAACAUGUGAAACAUAUAUGUGAUUGUGAGGUGUAGUGCAGCUGGCUCAAAAUGCAGGGGUUUGUUGUACAGACAAUCUUAUUGGCAUGUUUCAACAUCGUUUUGCUAGCAGCUAAAACAAAAAACACCAUGCUACCAUGAGUGAUAUGUUUCUAAUGAACCCUUUAAUGUCUGAAUUGAAUAAUAGAAUUUAAAGAUUGCUUCACACUUGCAUCUGUUUUUCCUGGGACUCAGUAGUCAAGUUAACUUUAUACAACCCAAAACCACAAGUGCCUCAAAUGGUUUACUAUCUGCACAGCAUGUAGCAGCGUCUGUCCUCAGAUCUUUGCUUUAGAUAAGGAAGAGCAGCAGAGGAGGGAUCCCUCUGCCAGGAUGGUCACAAAUCUAGGUUAGAAACAUUUCAAAAACUAUUAUUUUAUCUAAUAUAUAUAUAUAUAUAUAUAUAUAUAUUAAUAUGCAGUAUCCCUGUUAAAUAAACCAAUGAGUAGAACUCUACAAUUAAAGAAUCAUCCUAAGAAUGUCAUGGUCACGUCAUUAAUCCCUUUGUUUUAAAUCAGAGGAUAGAGGAUGUAGAAGUUUGUUUUCAAUCAAAUGUUUGACUUUAGUUCCACAUCUGUCUGUUCGGCUUUGUCUGAAAUUUGACAUAAGACACAACAGAUGCUACAGCAGAAGAGAAAAAAGACAGAAGCAACCUCUUCAAACUUUUGGAUGCUGAUCUUGAGAGAGGCCUUCUCUCACCUGUUGCUCAAACAGACUCCAACAUGCUGUCAGAUCCCACAGAUCACCCAGAGAUCAGCUCCUAUCAGAAAAACUUUCUAAUCAAGAAUCUCAUACACUGACUCACCAAUCACAAACAAGACUUGUCCCUCUCUCUAUGUAAUCUGAAAGGUUGUGUUUUGUAAAAUCAUUUGACUGUUUAGUGAAAUGUUUUGGCCCUCGAGGCCACUGUAUUAUAUAGAAACAUGGCAAAUGAUAAAGCAUGAAACCAUGAGGUUUGACUUAAAAAGCUCUUACAGCAUGAGCAGCUGCUUUUUAAAUGCUAAUUACCAUUGACUGCGUUUGUUAAUAAUGACCCAACUUUAAUACAGUAAUGAAUACCAAGACUGAGCCACACACACAAAAGAACUGCUGCUAUACAUCCAUCAUUUCAUCACCCAAUACACAGAGUGAUAGAUCACCUACAGAGAACGUCUUCACUUUGUGUUUAAUGCUGUCAAGUUCGACCAUGGGUGUCAAUUUAGCAUACCAGUUUACUGUUUAAUGUCAAAGAAUAUUCAAGCAAUAAACUCUUCAUCACAAGAGAUAUUCAACAGCAGAGUCCCUGGCUCAGUCCAGUCUGUGUUGGCAUACAUAAAGCAUGGUUCAGGUUCAGUGGGAUGUCUGAGCAUCAGUACCGUGUAUCAUGAUGCUGGGGGGAGGUGUAAUG